CCAAACUAAAAAUCAUAAUUGCUUUAUUGACUCCAAUCAAUCGAGUCUUUCUAAGCCGCCUCAACCCUUAACACCUUCACCACUCAUUUCCUGUGAACUUAUAUCUCAAUCUGAUCGAUUUUGAUAAACCAAACAACCUCUUUCUAUGCCCAAAUCCAAGCAAGAGAUUGAUUGAUCACCCACUAUGCCUUCCUUUAAUAUCUCCAUAGCCCUUCUCUACUUUCUUUGCUUGCUUAGCCUCCUCACCACUAAAAGCAGCUCCCAACCUCUUUCAGAUUACUGUCCAAACACCACGACUUACAGCACUACUCUUAACAGCACCUACCAUGCCAAUCUCAAUCUCCUCCUCUCCAACCUCUCCUCCAACGCCACCAAACCCGACACCGGAUUCUAUAGCAUCAUCGCCGGUCGCAGCCCCAAUGCCGUCUACGGCCUCUUUCUAUGCCGGGGCGAUGUCACCACCGAUCAAUGUCACGAUUGUGUCCGAAAUGCAAGUCAAGAGAUACUGCAGCGGUGUCCCAACAGGACAGAGGCCGUGAUUUGGUAUGACUUUUGCUUAUUACGUUACUCCAACAGAAAUAUCUUCUCCAUUGCGGACUCAUCAGUUUGGAUAACUAUGUGGAACCAACAAAAUGUGACCAACGAGCCUGUGCGGUUUAUGGAGGUGAUGGGGAACGCAAUGAACGAGUUAGCGACUCGGGCAGCAAGUGGCGGGUCAGGUAAGAAGUUUGCAGUCCAAGAGACCAACUUCACAGUGUUUCAGAAGAUAUAUUCACUUGUGCAGUGCACACCGGACCUGUCUACUAAUGAUUGCAACACCUGCCUUCAAGAUGGCAUUAGCAAAAUUCCAGGUUGCUGCGACAGAAAGCAGGGGGGGAGAGUAAUAUUUCCGAGCUGUAAUGUUCGCUACGAGACUUACCCUUUCUUCAAUGUCACUGCCUCUACACCACCGGUGCCUACACCACCGAUUCUUUCUCCUCCUCCUCCUCCAAUUUCUACUGGAAAUGGGGGAAUCUCAACCGGAGUAAUUAUUGCCAUUGUUGUCCCAGUAGUCGUGGCAGUGCUGCUCUUGUCUGUUGGCUUCUGGUGCAUAGCGAAGAAAGCAAGGAAGAAAUCCAAUACAGUCAGAAAGGAAUCUGCUGAGGAUGAUAUCACAACAGUACAGUCCUUGUCAUUUGAUUUUGCAACAAUUGAAGAAGCUACAAAUAACUUCUCUGAUGACAACAAAAUUGGCCAAGGUGGAUUUGGUGCCGUUUAUAAGGGCACACUUGCAGAUGGACAAGAGAUAGCUGUGAAGAGACUGUCCAAAAGAUCCAGACAAGGUGCACAAGAAUUUAAGAAUGAGGUUGUAUUGGUAGCCAAGCUUCAACACAGAAAUCUAGUGAGACUGCUGGGAUUCUGCUUGGAAGGAGAAGAAAAAUUACUUGUCUAUGAAUUCGUCCCCAACAAAAGCCUUGACUAUUUCCUAUUUGAUCCGGUUAAGCAACUUCAGUUGGAUUGGAUGAAACGUUACAAGAUUAUAGGAGGCAUUGCACGUGGAAUUUUGUAUCUUCAUGAAGAUUCUCGACUUAGAAUAAUACAUCGUGAUCUUAAGGCUAGCAAUGUACUUUUAGAUGAAAAUAUGAAUGCCAAAAUUUCAGAUUUUGGCAUGGCAAGGAUUUUUGGUGUGGAUCAAACUCAAGGAAAUACGAGUAGAAUCGUUGGGACAUAUGGUUACAUGUCUCCAGAAUAUGCAAUGCAUGGACAAUUUUCUGUGAAGUCUGAUGUGUUCAGUUUUGGAGUCCUAAUUCUAGAGAUGAUAACUGGCAGGAAAAAUAGUAGUUUCUAUCAAUCCGAUGGUGUUGGAGACCUUUUGGGCCAUGCUUGGAAACAUUGGAGGGAUGGAACACCCUUGGAAUUGAUGGAUCCAACUCUAACAGAUUCUUAUUCAAGAAAUGAAGUCAUUAGAUGCAUCCAUAUUGGCUUAUUGUGUGUUCAAGAAGAUGUGGAUGCCAGACCCUCUAUGGCAACUGUGGUUCUUAUGCUCAAUAGUUAUUCUGUUACUCUACAAUUGCCUCGACAUCCUCCGGUCUUUGGCCGUAGCAGAACCAAGGCGACCAUACCAAAAGGGCUGGAGUCAGAUCAAUCUACAAGCAAGUCAGUCCAAUGGUCUGUGAAUGAAGCAUCAAUUACUGAACUACACCCUAGAUAGUUAAGGUAGCACAAGUUACAUUAGAAGACUUUGUGUGUGAUGGUGGUAAAACUGGAAGAAAUUUAAGUCCUUUCCUGGAAAUUGAUCAUAUGCUUUCUUCAAUUAGUUCAGACCAUAGUGCUCAAGAGGCUGACUUGGUCAACAUGACUUAAAAUUGUGGUUUCUCGAUGCUUAGAAUUUUCCUUGGGUUGUCCAGUGUCUCAAUCUGUAUCAAUUUUUGUAUCACGUAUAUAUUACGUUGUCUGUUUGUCUUGACCACUCCCAUCAGUGUCAGCUUUUGUUUGAUUUUGAAAAGUCUUAGACGUGUCAUCCGGAAUGAACAUAUUUUUCAUAGAUUUUUUUGGCUACAUUUUGCAGCCAAUUUAUUGCUGCUAGCAAGGAUUGAGCACACGACUUGUAACGCAGUCAGAAUUGACCAAAUAGUUUAGGGUAUAGCCCAAAAGCUAGAUAAAUUAUUGGGAGUCAUGUUAUUGUUAGAGAUGUGAGAAUUUAAAUUUUGCAAUAAUUUAUAAGAAUCA